UCAUAUGGUACCUAAUCAUAGAAUUCUAUGAUACUGGUGGGAAUUCGUGUCUUUCUGGUUCAACUAGGAUCAUAGUUCCUGAAUUUCUAGGUGAAUCAAGAUCGAGAAAAGGAAGUUUUCCAAUCACUAACUCAAUCCCAUUGUUGAAUUCUACUUAGCAGAAUAUGGAGGUACUUAUGGAAGAACGGUCCAAUUUGGUCUUUCACAAUAAAGUGAUAGAUGGAACUGCCAUGAAACGACUUAUUAGUCGAUUAAUAGAUCACUUCGGAAUAGCAUAUACAUCACACAUUCUGGAUCAAGUCAAAACUCUGGGUUUCCAGCAAGCUACUGCUACAUCCAUUUCAUUAGGAAUUGAUGAUCUUUUAACAAUACCCUCUAAAGGAUGGCUAGUCCAAGAUGCUGAAAAACAAAAUUGGAUUUUGGAAAAACAUCAUCAUUAUGGGAAUGUACACGCGGUAGAAAAAUUACGUCAAUCCAUUGAGAUAUGGUAUGCUACAAGUGAAUAUUUGCGACAAGAAAUGAAUCCUAAUUUUAGGAUGACUGACCCUUUUAAUUCUGUCCAUAUAAUGUCUUUUUCGGGAGCUAGAGGAAAUGCAUCUCAGGUACAUCAAUUAGUAGGUAUGAGAGGAUUAAUGUCGGAUCCACAAGGACAAAUGAUUGAUUUACCCAUUCAAAGCAAUUUACGCGAAGGACUUUCUUUAACAGAAUAUAUCAUUUCUUGCUACGGAGCCCGAAAAGGAGUUGUGGAUACUGCGGUACGAACAUCAGAUGCUGGAUAUCUCACGCGCAGACUUGUUGAAGUAGUUCAACCCAUUGUUGUACGUAGAACAGAUUGUGGUACUAUACGAGGUAUUUCUGUGAGUUCUCGAAAGGGAAUGAUCCCAGAAAGAAUUUUUAUCCAAACAUUAACAGGUCGUGUAUUAGCGGAUGAUAUAUAUAUGGGUCCGCGAUGUAUUGCCACUCGAAAUCAAGAUAUUGGGAUUGGACUUGUCGAUCGAUUCAUAACCUUUCGAGCACAACCAAUAUCUAUUCGAACCUCCUUUACUUGUAGGAGUACAUCUUGGAUCUGUCGAUUAUGUUAUGGCCGGAGUCCUACUCAUGGCGACCUGGUCGAAUUAGGCGAAGCUGUAGGUAUUAUUGCAGGUCAAUCUAUUGGAGAACCCGGUACUCAACUAACACUAAGAACUUUUCAUACCGGUGGAGUAUUCACAGGGGGUACGGCAGAACAUGUACGAGCCCCCUCUAAUGGAAAAAUAAAAUUCAAUGAGAAUUUGGUUCAUCCUACACGUACACGUCAUGGACACCCUGCUUUUCUAUGUUAUAUCGACUUGUAUAUAACUAUUGAAGGUGAGGAUAUUCUCCAUAACGUGAACAUUCCAACAAAAAGCUUUAUUUUAGUUCAAAAUGAUCAAUAUGUGGAAUCAGAACAAACGAUUGCUGAGAUUCGCGUAGGAACAUCUACUUUGAAUUUUAAAGAGAAGAUUCGAAAACAUAUUUAUUCUGACUCAGAAGGGGAAAUGCAUUGGAGUACCGAUGUAUACCAUGCAUCUGAAUUUACAUAUGAUAAUGUUCAUCUCUUACCAAAAACAAGUCAUUUAUGGAUAUUAUCGGGAAGUCCGUGCAGAUCCAGCGUAGCUCCUUUUUUGCUCCACAAGGAUCAAGAUCAAAUGAACGGUCAUUCUCGUUCUGCCGAACGACGAUAUAUUUCUAACCUCUUAGUGUCAUGGUUACAAGCACUCUUUUAA